GACAGCCAACAGGCGGCCAUUCCGUGGACAGCACAGGUCUUUGGGGUUAACAUUCGGUGCUUUAACCCAGGUGGGUUGAUGAAGGUCGUUGCUGGUGGGGCGUCGUUCGGUGGGAAAUGGAGCAAGGAGUUGAUUGGUCCGCUUAGCCCCUGUGAAGAUGAGCCAACCAUCACCUCACGAUGUGCGUCACGUCCCACGAGCAAGAAUUUAGCAGCAUCGACGAGUUCACGGAGACAACUCGCCGGCGGGAGCGCGGCCUUGAUGGCGAACUCCGCCAAAAGCGAUGGAUGCCUGAAUUCAAUCACUGGGUGCUCAUGCUGCCCCCUGCGAACGCAGAUGUCCUUCAGCCGCAGUUUAGCGAAGAGCUCGCUUUUUGGCAGAGGGUCAAGGAGGCGCCAGGUCGGGCCUUAAUGUUGGAUGUGAAACGAGCACUUCUGGUGGCUCAGGUGGCCAGGACUGCUGCGGCAGACGUAGAGGCCAAGGCAGUCACAGCAGAGGUGACGGCGGCGUCGGCGGAGGCGGAUAGGGCGGCUGCGGAAGAGCGAACUCGGUCCCUGACGGUGACCCCUGUAGUGAGGCUGUUCUUCAUGCUGUCGGCAAUGGGGGGCGUGACGACAAGGCUGCCGUUGCUACUGCCGUUGGCGGUAAUGGUGAUGAUGUGGAUGCCGCGCAUCUAGGGCUUAGAGGGAAGCUUAGAGGGAAGCUGGGCGCCACCGCAAAGCAGCGAGCUGUGGAGGCGACAGCUUGCAGGAGUGCGGAGAAUGAGGAAAGCCGAGGGAUGGUAAGUGGCGGGCUUGUCGUCGAAGCUGUCAGCAGCGGCGGACACGGCGCUGUCGCCUAAAAUGCGGCUAGCGGCGAAGCAAACUUCACGGAAGGACGAGGAGCCGAACACCUCCCGGCCUCCCUGGUCCAAUCGACAUAGGAAGAGAACGCGGCGAAGGGAAAAUGCGCUGCGAAGGCGCAUGGUGCGGCGAAGGAGAAAGUUGGCUCGGCGGCGAAGGCAGCGGCGAAAGCGCAAGCAACGGAGCGGGACGAAGCUACGGUGUAGUGAAAGGCCGAUUGGGGGGACCUGCCGGCAACGGAAGCGACGCAUGGCACGACGGAAAGCGGACGACGUGGCGAAAGCUGCAGCAGCACGGGAGAAACGGAGGCUGCAAAGGCUUAUACCGCGGAAUGCCUCGAGAUUGCGGCGGCUGCGCCUCGAGCGAAGCUUGGGGCGUCAGAACGCUGAUGGCGCGGCUACCGCGGCGGUUUCAAAAAAGGCACACGCCAGAGGCAAGAUUGCACGGCGGCGGCGAGUUGUACGAGUAGUUGGUGUCGUGUGGUGCGGGCUGGCCGGCGCCGUAGCACCCAGGAGUGUCCAACCGCCUCUUGCUCUUGCGACGGUGUACCCGCGUAUGUCAUUACCUGGUGCGAGGAAAAGGACGGCUAUCACCGCUUUCCCCCCAACCCCAAGGACGUCCGACAUGAACACCACGCCGUCCUUCAUGACAACGCAUUUUAGGUCGUGGCACAACGACGAACACGGCUCCUUCAUCGCUGAUGAGGAUAACGGCAUAGGGGAAGGGGAGCUACAGGCACUGCAUCACGCCUACCUAGUUUCCCGACUACGGAGUCCACUGACGGCACGGAAUGACGGCAGUAGGCCCGAGAGCAACCGGGAGAGGGAAGUGGAGACACAACCCGUUCGGGUAGAGGUAGUAUCUGUCGACACGGACGUUUGGGUAGCAGCCCUUCUCGCGUAUGCCCUAUACCCGCACACUAGAAGAGUUCGAGUGGUCGUGCGACAACAGAGUGGGUUGAAUGAUGAAGCCGUCGUUAACUGCAUCGACGUACUUGAGCUUUUUGAGGCCCUGACCAAAAUGGGGAAUUGGCCGCAUUCGUUCACCGAUUUGCAGAGGUGCUUGCCGGUGAUUGCCGCAUACAUGCUCAACAGCACUGACUUUACUCCUACGUUUUUGGGCUUGACUUCUUUUUUCAUGUUUCAAUCAUACUUCGAGUGAGCGAAGAAUGCCGAAAACCAACAAUUUGUGAAGGCCCUGGGCUCCGAAAUAUUGGAGGAUGGGGUGGUCAUCGAUUUACAUUUGGAGAAGCAAGAGUUGGUCAAAUUUGUUUCGCUCGCGUACUUUGUCAAGAACAAGAGUUUGUUUCCCAAUGCGUUGCCAGGACAUCAAGUCACGGGAGAUAAACGGGGAGGGGAGGUCGAUGACACCAAACAGUGGGUUGAAGCGAUCAAGGAGCGAACUGCUGAAAAAUGGUUCGGUGUGGAGAACAUCAAGCAUGCCGCCCCGAACUAUGAUGCUACCCACCUCUGUGUCCUGCGGAUGUCGUGGCUGGAAAAAUAUUGGCUUUCUAUUGUGCCGAGUGGCUGUCAGGCUUCGGACGUCACUGCCAGGUACCCCAUUCAAAUUCCCAAGUGGGACGGGAUGGGGUACAUCGGGAAUACGGAGGUUGAAGGCGCUUGUAUGAUGUUGAUGCGCAGGGAGGUCACUGCACGAGCUGCGUUUGCACCACUAAAGGUUUCGGUCAAUGCUCAGAGUUGCGCAAGUGCAAGCUCACAUGCCGCGAGGAAGAGACGGAAGAAAAUGAGAUGCGGGAAGAUUGUUUAGCACAGGAAGGGCAGGUGGUUUCAGAUAGUGACAGCAACAGCGACAGCGAUGAGGAACCUUUGCCGGGUAUGUUUGGUUGUUCGAACGGGGAAGCGGAGUUGGGGACCGGCGUCGUGGUUUUAGGCCCUUGUAGUUUCCGGGAGGAUGACGUUCAUGAGUACGAGCAAAUAGAGGGAUACGCUUCGCACUGCCAUGUAGGACAACAGCUGAAUCUGCAGCCU